GCCACAACCUUCAAUCAUCCUCCAGUUUCGAUCUUUGAGGAUCAACCGGAUGGGAGCAUAUAUUACGACGGCCUUGAAAUAAGGCUCCUCAAGACCCUGGCAAAGGCGCUCAAUUUUACAGUACAGAUAUCUAAACCACGAGACGGAGAAAAGUGGGGCCGGCGGUUGUCGGAUGGUAAUUGGACAGGUGCAAUGGGAGAAACCAUGAGAGGAGAAACUGAUAUAUCCUUCGCAAAUUACUUUAUUACCGCUGAUCGACUUCGAAUCAUAGAUAUGACAAGACCUUAUUACAUAGACUACACUUGUUUCAUCACCCCAAAACCACAGCCUCUUCCGCAAUACUCAGCUGUUGCUUGGCCUUUCACGGGAAUGGUAUGGGCUGUAGUCCUGAUCACCCUACUGAUAAUACCACCUGUGGUCCUUCUAACAGGAUUAUUAGAACCGGGGGUGUGGUUUCAACAGAUCAACAAUGCAGAGUUUUACGUCGUUGGAAUUUUUCUUAACCGCGCCCAUCCGAUAUACCUUGUACCAACGUCAUCAGGACUACGGGUAUUGGUCAUAACGAACUGGAUAGCCGCCAUGGUGCUCGCUGUAGCCUACAAAUCCUCUUUAAUUGCCUUCCUCACUGUACCUCUUCAGGCCUCACCAGUGAAUACUCUCGAGGAACUUUUGUCUUCAGGCCUUGACUGGGGUGUUCGAGAUCGCGGAGGCUGGGAUGAAUGGUUCAGCAACUCACUCGAUCCAACUUCAAGAAAAAUUGCUGAGGGUUUCCAGUACGUCGAAGGAAUCGAAGGUGGUUUAGCUCGCGUCUUGGAAGGAAACUUCGCAUUUAUGAAUUCCGGCACAUUUCUUCGCUACCUAAUUGCCAGCAGUUAUACGGACGAGUUUGGCGAGACUAAGCUACACAUCGCCAAACAAUGCUUCGUUCCAUUCAGAAUUGGACUCGGCAUGCCUCUGUUCUCCAUCUACACUGCUCGGUUCAAUGACGUGGUGGCGAAGGUGGUGGAGGCUGGUCUCGUCUCUCAGUGGUUCAAAGACUUGCUUUCCACAGCAGAAAGAAAACAGCGAAACAAUCUGAAGAAAAAUAUAACGGAAAUAGAGAGUGAACCCCAUCUUAAGAAGACCAUGAACCUUGGCCUAUACCACGUUCAAGAUAAGCCUCUGUCAAGAGCUUGGCUGAGUGCUGUGCCUGAUACAUUGUGGUGGACUAUGACUGUCCGUAGUCCUCCAGGGGGACUACUUAUAGACUACUCGCAGGCGGGAUAUACGUUUAAUUUUCUGUGGCUAGAAGGAACUAAUUUAGGGAGACCUUACCGGAGUGUAGUGGCAGCUGUGAUUCCUGGGUCGUAA